UGAAGGUACUUUCUCUGAGUUUGCACUGGAAGCACAGCUGAUAAUAGUUUUUCUUGGGAAUUCGCGGCAAAACUAAGAUAGAUGUUUGCAUAUGAAAUCGUCAACUACAAAUCACAUCAUGUGGCUACGCUUUGUGUUCUUAACCGCUGCGCUCCUGCAUCUCUCUGGAUUGUCCAGUGCUUUUACGACUGGCAUGCAAGGAUGGGGAAAUGUCAUAGAAGUAAGCAACGAAGGCGCAAUGAACAAAUUUUUAUGUGGUGUCAAUUACGAAAAUUGCUAUGGACAAAAGUUGAGCACAGACGUCUCGAUGAGCAACGACAAAAUUUAUAAGUUGGAAGUCUACGAAAUUAAGCCACCGGCGACCCUUAAGGAACUUCUUGAUGAACAAAAUAAUUUAGUAGCAGCUAUGCGCAGCCUGGGUGACCAAGUGCAGGCACAAGAUGCCGACAUGCGCAACGACUUGGAAGCAGUUGAGUAUAAAUUACGGGAACAAAAUAUUGACAUUUCAGAGAUCAAGCAGGAUGGAAGGUCAUUGAGAUCAGAGAUAGAAGAUGACUUCGGUCAACAAAAAACUGCAUUACUUAAAAUACUUAAUACCAAACUUACGCGGCUACGCCAGAAAAUCGGUAAGCCUGCUACCGAAGACCCAAAUGCCGGUUUACCAGCCAGCUGCGCUGAAGCUUUUGAAAAAUACGAUAACCCGGAAAGCGGUAUCUUCACACUGUACUUACCCGAUUUUGAUCUGCCACCCUUCGAGGUUUACUGUCUAGCCGAUCCGAAUGGCGGUCCUGCUUGGACUGUGGUGCAACGCCGCACAGAUGGCACUGAGGAUUUUUAUCGCAACUGGGAUGAUUAUGUUGCAGGAUUUGGUGACAAGGAAAAUGAGUUUUUCAUUGGAUUGGAAAAAUUGUAUGCGCUCACAAAUGAUCAGCCNGAUGAACGUUAUGCGAAAUAUGCAGAGUUCGCUAUAGGCGAUGAGAGCGAAAACUAUGCUUUGAAUGUAUUGGAAGGAUUUUCGGGCGAUGCGGGCGAUUCUAUGAACGAGCAAAGAGGGCAACAAUUUACUACUAACGAUCGCGAUAAUGAUAAGAAUGCAUGGUAUAACUGUGCU